AUGGGCUGGCUAAGUCUUCGGCGCCGCGAACCCGCACUCUGCCCGUCUAGUGACCAAUACAAACCGGUCACCGAUUGGAAGGCUUCCACCGAACAUGUCGAGAUUAUCGAAUCCGAUUACCCCAAGUCUGAUCAAAUGACACGGGGGGUCAUAACCGACGAUCAAUAUCCUUUACAAGAUGUGACGACCUCCGACGACUCUCUCCCAUUCAUCCCACCAGCGAUUGUUCGGUCACAGCGGUCUCAAAUAAGCAAACAACACCGUCGCAUCUGGAUAGUCAUUGAUAAUGUCGUCUACGACUGUACAAAUUUCAUCCACGACCACCCGGGCGGCGACACCGUGAUUCGAAGUUUUAUAGGAGAGGACUCCUCUUGGCAGUUUUGGCGAUUUCACUCUCGAUCUCUCAUGGAUACUUUUGGACGACCCUUACGGAUUGGCCGAACUAUGGGGGUAGAGAACCGGUUCAAGGAGCCACCGAGAUAUGUUGGAGGGUCCAAGUCACGAUGGUAA